AUGGAUAAGAAUAGGAUCAGUGAACAGUGUCUCCUAUCUUUCAUUUGUUUCGUGUCGAUAUACUUAUCCAAUUUCGGAAUUUGUUUCAACGUUGAUACGAUUGAUCCUAAAACGUGGAAAGACGGACGCGCGCAUACACACACUUUAUACCGAGAAAUAAACUGGAAUUUGUUAGACAAAAAAAGAUCCAACAAGGUUGAAAAUGAAGAUAAUUUUUUGCUCAGUAUCGGGUGCCUAGGGAUCGACGAGAAAUCGCCAAAGGUUAAAAAUAUCGCCCAAGUUCGUGAAUUAAUGGGCAAUAACACCAUCUGGUUUGGCGUUAGCAUGUCUACUGAUUAUGCAACUAAAAAUGCACUUAUAGUAUGUGCUCACUUGUACACGUAUAUGUUGAUCGAUCGGCAAAUGAUUGAAGGAUUUUGUCAGCUGGUGAAUGAUGGUCAAAAAGGCCAAAGUUUUGGCAAUUGUGCUGGUUGUCAGGGCUCUUUAAACUGUCAAAUAUGCCAGACUGGCUCAAGUCUUUACUUCAAAGAUCUGAUCCUAUUUGAAACUCAAAUAGCUGGCGGAAGGGCCAAAACGUUUUAA